GUGACCUGCAUCUUCAGCGUAGCGAAGGCAGGGCUGUACGCCUGCCAGGACUUCAAGUUCAUGGCUAAAGCGGCCACCCUGGUUUUUGCUGCCGUGUUCCUCCCCGUGGUGCUCAUCGCACGCUUUAUCUUCGUUAGCGCAACGGCGCUGUACGUGGCCUCUGUCCUGCCAAGCUGGGUCCUGACCAUAGUGUUUCUGUGGCGUCUUCAGAAGAACUGCCAAAAGAUGCUUCUGGCGGGCUCCGGCCAACCCGCAGUGCACGAAGUGAGCAUGGGCCAGAUCUAG